CUCUCACUCAAUCAUUUCUGACUUUUCUCUCUCAGAAAGAGAGCUCACCACUGAGAAAACAAACAAAAACCGCUUUCGCUUCCACUCGCUCAAAAUUAGAAGCUCCCAACUUUCCCGCCAAAAGUCCUGCCCUUCGCAUUUCACACUGCCCUUGCUUAAAACCAGCUCGGUAUUCUUUCUGCUUUCUGUAGUUUUGGCGAUUAGAUUCUCACACACUCAGAAACCCUCGAAGCUUUCUUUUUCAAGGUUGAGGAAAACUGAUUUUUCUAAGAGAUCAUGGCGAAAGUGAAAAAGGAGCAGCUGCAGGAGGUGGUUGUGGAUCCAUACGAGAAAAUUGGUUUCCUUUUGCAAGCAUUAUAUGAAACUGAAGGCUGUUUUGACUCGCCUGCGUCCAAGCCAAGCUCUGCUACUCGGAGAGCCACUGGUCCGAUGAGACGGUCAGCGAAAUGCUGGACAGAGGAAGAGGACGGUCUUCUAGGAGAGCUGGUCAGAAAGUUUAACAGGAGUAAUUGGAAGGAAAUAGCUGCGUGUCUCCCUGGGCGCACAGAUGUUCAGUGCCUGCAGCGCUGGCAAAAGGUUCUAAAUCCUGAAAUUGUGAAGGGACCCUGGACAAAGGAGGAAGACAACUGCAUAAUCAAACAAGUUGAGAGUCAUGGUGCUAAAAGAUGGUCUGUUAUUGCAAAGUUCUUACCAGGUCGAAUGGGCAAGCAAUGCCGAGAAAGGUGGUACAAUCACUUAUGCCCGGCUAUAAAUAGAAAUGCAUGGACAGAAGAAGAGGAGUGGGUUCUUACUUACUACCACCAACUCUUUGGUAACAAGUGGGCAGAAAUAGCCAGGUUUCUACCUGGAAGGACUGACAAUGCAAUUAAAAAUCACUGGAACUGCACACUGAAGAGAAAAUUAUAUUCAUACUCACCUAAUGGUUGUGAUGUGGAUAUGCAUCCUGAUGUCUGGAACGGUGAAUUAAGAUCGGGCCUUGUCGAGAUUAACCCAGCCGGACAGAUUUCUGAUAGACUGGCCUCACUCAAUCAGAGAACAGGGUUGGAGAUUAGUGAUAGCGCUUGCUCUACAGAGUUGACUCUUGGAUGUUCUUAUAGACAUGAACUUUGUUCAGAAUGGAAACCUGUCAAAGUGCAGAAAUGUAGAUCAUCAGAUAGAGGAGCAAAUAGUUUGACAAAUCUAAUCACAAGUGGAUCUUCCAAACACAGCCCUUUAUCAGUCUCUUCAUCGGUUUUCGUGGGUGCAUCUGCUUCUACCAGGUCCUCCCCCCUUGAGAGUCCAUCCUGCUACUCCACACCCCAAAGCCGUGCGCAGAAUGUUAAUGUGAAUCUCAGCAGUGGCAGCAGUCCCGGGUCGAGACUGAAGAACUUGGCAUUGAGUUUCAAAAAUACUCCUUCCAUCAUAAGAAAGAGAAGUUCCAGAAGACCUGAUGCUUCUUCAGCUGCCGUUAAAUCUCUAGGAAGGUGCCUGGAACGUGAAUUCGACGCCGAAAAUGAUUCAGGUGUUACUAAAUGUGGCCAACUUUUCUCUGCAUAUGCUACUUCAUCAGACGUUAACGUUGGUGCAUAGGUUAACCUUGACACUUUUAGAAGAAGCCAAAUUUCCACGGUUCAAAUUUUUGCCCAAAAUGGAUGUGCUUUAGUGUGUGCUUCUUCACAUUAAAGGAGUUAAUUUCUUUCAUUUCAGUUGUUCAAACUCUACCCUGUUCUAAGUAAGUAGAUGUAGUUUGGUCACUUAAGGUGGUGUGCUCGUCCUUUGCACCCGAGUUCUAUUCCACUCUCUAUACAUUAAACUAGUUUGAAA